AUGAACGCGGCCUCGCUAGCGUCUUUGUGGGACCGCUCGGCCCUCCAGGAACUCAACCAACGCAGAUACGGGCAUGUUCCCGCACUGCGGCCCUGUGCCGCGCCGCGUCGGUUCCGUUUAGCGCCAAGCAAUGACAAAAUUAAGAGGGCGGUCUGGCGAGGCACCCGCCCAGCGCUUCAAGCUGCCUUGCGAGGCAAGUUUGCUUUUUUCUACAGCGAAGACGACGACGCUGUACAAGGCAGAUCAGAGAAAACAGAAAUGAAAAAUGGUUUGUCCACACAAUAUCCCAUCCGCGAUGGGUGUCAAAUUUUCCCCGAAGGAGAACUGGAUAUAGUAUUGCACUUGUGA